GGCGACGUCACUGGGCCGGAGCCCCGCCCUCGUGGGACGUUUUGCAGCCAGUUUCAGAUUGCUACAGUCUCGUUCCACUCCAUGCUAUUUCCUGCUGCCGCUGGGGGUGAAGAGAUUCCUGCGCUCUUUCUCUCGCGCUCCCCGCUUCUAGCGUGGGGGGGGGCUGGAUUCCUUCCCCCCUUUUUUCCCCUUAAAAAAUAGAAGAAGAAAAAACCCGUAUCGCGCCUCUAAACUGCGCCUGCACAUCCCAGGGGCUGGACUUGAGGAUUUAUUCCCCCCCCCCAAAAAAAUCUGGGUAUGGUGUGCUGGGGAGGGGGGUGAGGGGGCUUUUUCUCAGCGUGGCUGACCCCCUCCACCCCCCCCACCCCGACUUAAGCCGAGAGGAUUUACACCGGCGCCGGAAAACCUCCUUCCAGGGGGAGGAGGACAAGGAGGCGGUGCGCGAGUGAAAGGAUUCCUUUGCCUGGAUUGUAUUGCCUUGCAUUGCGGCUGUUACAACCCGGGCAGAAGGUUUUGCCCUUUCCUCAUCCCCCCCCCCAAAAAAAACCUUAUCCCGUCAGCCCCCCUUUCUCUCCGAUCUUUUUUCUUUUUUUUAAUCAUUUUUUAGUUCGUCGGGGGGAAAAAGGAAUAUAUGGGCAUCUUUCAAGCUGGAGCAUUAUGGAGCUGGAGAAUAUUGUGGCCAACACAGUUUUGCUGAAAGCCAGAGAAGGAGGUGGAGGUAAGCGGAAAGGAAGGAGCAAGAAGUGGAGAGAGAUCCUCAAGUUCCCGCACAUCAGCCAGUGCGAUGACCUUCAGAAAGGCUUGGAACGAGACUACAGCAGUUUGUGUGACAAGCAACCCAUUGGUCGACAGCUUUUCCGACAGUUCUGUGAGACCCGGCUAGAGCUCUUACAGUGUAUCCACUUCCUAGAUGCUGUGGUAGAGUACGAGGUUUCACCAGACGAGAAGCGGAAGGAAAUGGGAGAUGAGAUAAUCCGCAGCUUUUUCAACAGUAAGUCCCCGGGCUAUAUACCAGAGGUCAGCCAGUCCCUUAUGAACCAGUGCACAGAGAAUCUGCAAAGAAGCCCCUGCAAAGACCUCUUCAGCAACUGUGUGCAGCGUCUGCACGAGUACCUCAGUGGAGCCCCUUUCACAAACUACCAGGACAGCAUGUAUUUUGACAGAUUCCUCCAGUGGAAAUACCUGGAGAGACAAUCGGUGACCAAAGAUACCUUCAGGCAAUACCGGAUCCUUGGCAAGGGAGGCUUCGGAGAGGUUUGCGCAUGCCAGGUGCGAGCUACAGGGAAGAUGUAUGCCUGCAAGAAGCUGGAGAAGAAGCGCAUCAAGAAACGGAAAGGGGAGGCUAUGGCUCUGAACGAGAAGCAGAUCCUGGAGAAGGUCAACAGCCGAUUUGUGGUCAGCUUGGCCUAUGCCUACGAGACCAAGGAUGCGCUCUGCCUGGUCCUCACCAUCAUGAACGGAGGCGACUUGAAGUUUCACAUCUACAACAUGGGCAACCCUGGUUUUGAUGACGAACGGGUCACUUUCUACGCUGCAGAGAUUUGCUGUGGCCUCGAGCACUUGCACCGGGAGGGCAUUGUGUACAGAGACUUGAAGCCAGAGAACAUUCUCCUGGAUGAUGAUGGUCACAUCCGGAUCUCAGAUCUGGGGCUGGCCAUCAAGAUCCCAGAAGGAGACACCAUCCGUGGCCGUGUAGGAACAGUUGGCUACAUGGCUCCAGAGGUGAUUAACAAUGAGCGUUACUCCUUCAGUCCGGACUGGUGGGGGCUUGGCUGCCUCAUCUACGAGAUGUUCGAGGGCCAGUCACCAUUCCGUGCCCGCAAGGAGCGGGUGAAGAGGGAAGAAGUGGAGAAGCGGGUGCAGGAGGACCAGGAGCAGUACUCAGACAAGUUCUCUGAAGACGCCAAGGCCAUCUGCAAGGCGCUCCUGACCAAGGACCCGAAGCAGCGGCUCGGAUGCAAGGGAGAUGGGGCCGUCCAGGUGAAGCUGCACCCUUUCUUCAAGACUAUCAAUUUCAAGCGCCUGGAAGCUGGGAUCAUGAAACCCUCCUUCGUGCCAGAUCCUCGAGCCGUAUACUGCAAAGAUGUGUUGGACAUUGAACAAUUCUCCACUGUGAAGGGUGUCAACCUAGAUCAAACCGACAAUGACUUCUAUGCCAAAUUUGCCACCGGCAGUGUUCCUAUCCCCUGGCAGAAUGAGAUGAUCGAGACCGAAUGCUUUAAAGAUCUAAAUGUCUUUGGACCAAAUGGCAUCCGCUCCCCAGACCUGGACUGGAAGCAACUCCCUGACCCACCCAAGCGUAGCCUCUUGCAACGGCUCUUCCGACGAAAUCCAAGUGACUUCACCAUCAGCGCCAACACACACUCCAACCUAUCAGCGGCUCCCUCACCAUCCCGGCCCACAGCACAGGCUCCCUCCUGACCACCGGCCUGGAGGCCCUCCCUGGAGCCACCACUUGUCCUUUACCUUCUCAGGGUUGUCUUAGGCACGGCGCUGAAAUUGGGACGUCCCCCAUGUUGCGCUAGGCUCUACUACUGGCUAGGAGGUGGGGGCAACACAGCCUUCCGAUCGGCAGGAUGGACAGAGCAGCAGCAAGCCCUCGAUGCCUCCUGGCGCUGACAUGGACUGAUGUGCCGUUGGGACUCCAGUGGACUCGGUUACACAGAGCCCGGCCUGCUCUUUGCCACGCCCUCUGAUCACGCAGUGAACCUUCAGAGCUGCCCCCCUGCCCUGUCCCCAGUCCUCUCUGCCUCUCAGUUCCUGCCUGGGACAGGAGGGGGUUUUCUGUUCCAUGGAGAUCACUCAAAGGUAGCGACUGCAGCCUACAAAUUGGUAGUGGUGGGGAAGGAGAGCGGCCUUUGUUUGCAGAGCCAGAGACUAGGAAUGCCAAACGGAGACCCAUACAGACACGUGUGCAUAUUAAACAAUUGGCUGGUUUUGCUUCUUGGAGGGUCUUUCAGGAAACAAUCCUAAAGCCUGGGGGAAUGUGUCAAAGGAGGAUGGAGGACAAAGAGGGGCGAAGAGCACGCCGAGGGUUCCCCGGCUUCCAUUCAGAGGCAUCAAUGGGAAUGCAGAGGAUCAACGUAAAAAGGGGUGGAUGGAGCACAGUGGAGGACGUAGUUGUGGACUGUGCAUCGGGCUUGAUAAAACCAAAGGCCUUCAAUAUUUCCAGGCCCAGACCUCACUUUUAACCCCAACCUGCAACAUGGAAGGACAUGUUUUUCUUUCUUUUUUUAAUUUUUUCAUUUUUUCGUAUACUUUAUUUUUUUAAACCAUAUCCAUUUUUCCAUAUCUGUCCACUCGUUCCCCCCCCCCGUUUCUCCUUCUUUCUGUCCUUUCCAAAGGAGGUGGCACUGCUUGUUAACACACCUAGAGUUAAGUCUCAGCUUAACAGGUGAAUACCAAUUAAUUAAGUGGUUACGGGUUUUCAACCGAUUGUGAAUGUGCGUGUGCAUGUGUGUUUACAACAGCCCCGUGUUUCCUCACAAGUAAAGUCUAUGCUAAACAUGUAGCAGAAUGAGGUGAUGAGGAAGUGAUAGAUGGAUGGACAUAUUUUUGAAUGCUUUGCUACAUUUUUUUUUUUUAAAUCCCUGCAAAUAGAAAAUUAGCACUGCAGGAAAAAACUACUCAGAUGUGCUAAUGUUCUCCUUGCAUGGAAGUUUUUGAGGUUUUUUUAACCAUAGGGAACUGGCUCUCCAGGAUUUCAGGCAGAAGUCUUUCUCAGCCCUAUCUGUAGAUGCCAGGGAUUGAAUUUGGGAUGUUCUGCAUGUAAAGCAGUUACUGAGCUACAGCCCCUGCCCCCUAACUCUGCACAGUUCAUUUCCAGGACUUUUCCCUCUUGGUCUCCCCACGCCCUGCUGGUGUUCAGCACCAGCGGCAGGAGAAAGAACUCGGCUCCCCUUCGCCUGCACCACCCCUGACCCCAAUUUUAUAUGUAAUUGAGGGACAGAUUUUAAGUUUGAACAAGUAAGCCUCCCAUCAACAUGGGUAGUGAAGACCAUGCGCAGGAUUCACAAAGUUCUAUGUUUUUGCGAAUACCUUAGGAACCAGAUGAGAGCUGAAAAACAUUAACAGAAGUGCAUGAGACAAACCUGAGGUUAGGAGGCAUAGAGGGCACUUCUAGCACAGGAACAUAGGAAGAACCAUGCUGGCUCAGGCCAAUGGCCCACCUAGUUCAGCAUCCUCUUCUCAUAGUGGCCAGCCCAGAUGACCACAGGAAGCCUGCAAACAGGACCUGAGUGCAAGAGCACUCUCCCCUCCUGCGGUUUCAGGCAACUGGUAUUCAGAAGCACACCGCCUCCAACCGUGGAGGUAGAACAUCACCAUCAGGGUUAGCAGCAGCCGUGGAGGAGGAGGAGGUCAGGAAAGCCUAGGAUUUGGAGCAGCAGAUGGCCAAGGGAAUGAGAAUUGGGGGGGGGUCCUACUUUCUUUGGUCUGCAACACUUCCGGUCUUCCCUUGCCCCGAACCCACCUGCACCCUUGACCCUCGUCGCUAAGCAAUUGUACCGCUUGCCGAGCCAAGCUCUUCCCUGGAGGCAGGCUGCGUCUUGGGAUCGGCUGCAAAAUGACAGCGUCUCUGGGCGCUCUACCCAAAGUUGGGAGUUGUGGCAGGAGUGGGGGGGCAACCAAGGCCUGCCCACCCCCCACCAGGGGUGAGCCCACCGCUGAUCCUGGGAACCCCCUGCUCCUUCUUCCUCAUGCCAGCCGCUCACGCCUUUGGGUGGGGCCAGGCGCAAAACGGGACGAGGCUCCUUCACCUUGAACAGGUGCGCAGAAGAGGUGGACAUUGCAGCGGGUGCCGCUUGCCACCCCACACCUGCUGAAAUCCCCUCUCCUGCACAGCCAGGCAAGAUGCAGGAGCCCCUCCACCCCCGGUCCUCUUGUAUCUGCCACCUGAGCUGCUCUCCAAACGAGCAAGCGGUGAGAUGAGCAGGAGCAGCAACCUCCACCCAUGGCUUGCCUGCUCUCCCGUUGUGGUGCUUCAUAGGAACACAGGAGGUACCUUGUGCUGAAUCACACCAGUGGUCCACCUAGUUCGAUAUUGUCUACACUUGCCGCAGCUCUCCAGGGUUUCAAAUGGGAGUCAUUCCCAGCCCUACUUGGAGAUGCCAGGGAUUGAAUUUGGGGCCUUCUAUGUGUGGAGCAGAUGCUCUACCACCAAGUGAUGGCUCCUGCCCCAUGCUGGGCCUGGAAAGAGAGGGGCAAUAAUGAUGCUCUAGGGCCCCCUGAAACCUGCCAUGCAGUAUAUGAACAACCACAGACUCAGGAUCUGCCCAGAGGUGCAUAGGAGGAUUCUUGGGGGGGGGGGCUCUGUCACCACAAUCACAGCCCUGGCAAAUGCUGACUGGGUACCACACUGCCAGUCCAUCACAAUGUGCUGCUGCCACUGUCCAGGUAUUGCAGGAGCCCCUAUGGAGACAGAAAGGAGAGUUCUGGGCAGAAGGCAGAUUGCUACACACAUACUUGCUUUGCAAGCCAGAAGAGCUCAAUCCAGAGGCCUAAGCGCCACAUGGAUUCUGUCGGAGGUAAAAAGCCCCCCCCCCCAAAAAAAAGCCAGAGUCCUAGCCAACUAAUCUUUACUCAGAUUAGACCCUCCAUUUAAAUAAAUGGGCCUUUGUUAGUUGUGUCCAUUAAUUUUAACGGGUCUAUUCUGCAUAUGACAAACACCGGAUACAAACCAGAGUCUUUGCUUUCCAAAACACCAGAUCCAGCAAGUUGUGCCUGAGACCAUCAGUUGUUGUGAAGGCCAGGAGAAGAUAGAUCUAUUUAUACACAGAUUUUCUCCUUAUCUUAUCCUUUGGCUGUUGCGUGACCUGCUGUGGGGAGGGCCUCCAACUUUGGGGCUUGAUUUUCUCUCUCCUACUUUUUUAAAAGAGCGACAGAUCUGGCCUUGGGGUGGGAAGGACUUUCCAAGCAAAGGUCCAGAGAGACCCCAGGCCAGCUUCUCAGGGGUUAGCCUUGGGCACAGGAAUUAUGCUCUGGUUUUUCAGACUGACUCACUCCUGGCUGCAAAAUAAGAAAAAUCAGAGUGAGAGGCAGUAGAGGCUUGCCCAUUAGGACAAAUGGGGCCCCACAAAGCUCUGUCUGCCCCCAGCCAGCCCCCACCUGCUGUCUUCAACUGGUCCAAGGGACAGAGGGGUCACCUCCUUCCACCUUGGUCUCAGCGUUGCCUUUUCAGGA